GCGCGCGUGCACACACACAACCCUACGUGCAGAACUUGUAGAAAGUACAAACUGUUUUCGCCAAUUCGGCGACUGGCCAUCGGAGACACAAGAAGUCGGGCAUGAUGGAGGAAGGGACGAAGCUAAGCAUUUAUAGGGCAGUGAGAACCAUAAAGCGAAGAGAUAAUACUCUCUACAAUGCAUUGAGAUCGAUAUACGAGGACUCCAUUUUCGUAGGUGAGAUCAAUCAGCUAUGGCCUGAUCUCCCUCUUCUCGCCAACCUUCGUUGCGGUCUCUGGUACUUCCCUAGAUUCCACUCCACCUGUUACUUCAAGUCCACUGAUGGCCACACCAAUAAUUGGUCCUUCAACACCUCUCGUCUCAAUCUCCAUGUUGCUCACCUCGCAGGACAGAAGGGAGGUUGUUUCAUUGUUGAUUCCACCCGGAGGGGAAAGAGGUUUCCGGAUAGCAUGUCAAAAACAAUACCUAUGUGGGCAUGUGUUUUGAAUCGAGCGAUCAGGGACUUCAGGAAGAAAUUUCAUGAUGAAGAUACUUCAACCAAUGGGGAUUCAAGCGCUUAUGAUCAGCAUCAUGAGAUUAUGGGAGAGUUGUCCCUUGACUGGGAUUGUUCCUUGCAUCUUCCUCUGUGGGUUUCCGAAACUGAGAAAUCUUCCAUUGAGGAGCGCCUUGAAGAAUGGACUGAAAGGUUGAAAGAAAGUCGAGCUGAUAUUGCUUCCCUUUCAGCAUGCUUGAAGAAGCCCUUACGCCCUCUGUGGAUUUCACAGAGAACUCUCAUAUGGAUAAAUGAAGUUCCCCACCAUGAUUCUUGGGAUUUUACACCCAUCAUACUAGUGUCUGCGUCUUCCUCAACUGGCAUAAGUCAGCAUAGGACUACCUCUGAGUUUAGCUGGAGUUAUAUACCGGGUGGAGAUGAUGAAGAAAGUUGGGAGGGUUUAUCUCCUAAUCUUUUUUGGAAUGAUGUCUAUGAUAUUAUAAACUCUGGUCCUGAUGUGUGUAAUCAGAAAGUUUCAGAUAUAGUUGAGAAGAGCAGAGUAUAUCGUUCUUACAGAGGAGAGAAUGCCCCUCAGAUCACAGUCAAGUCUCUCAAACCAUCCACUCUAUCACAUGAUGAAUUGUCUGUAUCUUCUGAUAUUUCAAACAUAAAUUUUGAUAUGUCAAGGUCUUCUGAUGAAGAUUCUACAAUAUCUUGGCUAGGUUCAACCAAUCUGUCUGUUGGAACUUCUCAACGUGCUGCAGAAGUGCCUGAUGUUGAUUGCAUAUUGAAUUGUGAUCAUGAGUCCAUUUCUGUCCCUCUUCGAGUUGAAGAAGCACAUCUGCAUCUUCCCAUAGUUAGUUCAAAAUAUGAUCGGUUUUCCUUGAUAAACAAUCUUCCUUCUGCGAUGAGCUUUGCAAAGUUGAAUCUAAGUGAAGGGAAGAGACUUCUGGUUUGCUGUGCUAACGGGGAAGAUAUUAGUGUAUGCGUUUGUUUAGCAUUUUCAUCAUUAUUCAAUGAGGAAGGUAAGUAUGAUGGUGGAAAGUCUUUCAGUGAGACCCGUAUCACCAAAUUGGAGAUGAGGCGGCGACUUGUGUAUAUCUGCAAGUUUGUAACAAAUGCAAGACCUUCCAGGGGAAAUUUGAGACAGGUUUUUAAUUUCCUUGCCGGUCUCACUUCUCAACAACCAUCAAAUGACUGCAAUUAGCCAUUCCUUUUCAAGAGCUGUUAGUUUUAGCAUGAUGAUGGCGGUCUAUAUUAGAUUAUGCAAAACUAGAUCUUGUCUGAAUUUAGAAGUUCUUGUUUAUGACUCUUUAAACAGUGUAGCUUUCAAUAAUUUAUAUACAAUGGCUCGUGUAUUCUUUCUUUCA